GGCAACGUAUGCAUCCCUCAGACUAGAGGUGUCUGUGUAAUAAGCAAUGUGUACAAGCCCUAAGUUAUACACUCAUUGUAUGUAGUCUGAAUAGGCCUUAAGUAUUACACAGUUGUAUUAUAGUACAAGAAAUUAUUAACACAUCAACUAUAAGUAGGUUUAUGAAUUAUGUUACAUCAAAGAUAUUAACACAGUUGUAUUAUAUUACAAGAAAUUAUUAACACAGCAACUCUAAGUCGGUUUGUGAUAUGAAAAGAUAAUCUCACGCACUUCCGGCUAGCAUAGAGACCUGAAAACAUCAAUAAAUUUUAGCACGCUGAAACUACGGAAUUUGUUUGACUUAUCACUUGGUGUCAGAACCGGACCUCGAUUAUCACUAUGGCUGAGAAUAGGCUGCCGCCCGAGCUGGAUUGCAGCAAUCUGCCAAAGGACUGGCCAACAUGGAGGAGCACAUUUUGCAUGUACAUGCAUGCGAACGGGAAACUGAAAGAAAGCAAGGAUGUGAAAAUUGCGACAUUCUUGUGGCUGGUGGGACCGAAGGCAGUUGAAAUAUACAACACCCUGUUCCCAAAUGAUGGGUCAACCGAGCAGGUGCUAGGUAUGGAUAUAUCCGCGAAUACUGACCGUGAGGGUACUGGCGGUGAGAGUGCACGUUCACUAGCGCACGUGCUCAACGCCUUCGACGAGUACUGCAUUCCAAAAAAGAACGUGGCUAUGGAAUCGUUUAAAUACAACACGAUCACCCGAAAGGAAAAACAACCGUUUUCUGAGUUCGAAACAGAAUUGCGUACCCAAAUUCGCUACUGCGAAUUCAACUGUGGGUGUGGUAAAUCCUAUAAUGACCGCAUGUUACGGGACCGAAUCAUUCUGGGUAUAUACGAUAAAACACUGCAGCUUAAAUUGCUUGACGGAAAGGAUGAGCCGCUGUCUCAAAUAAUUCAAAAAUGCAAGGUGUACGAAGCGGCAAAUGCCAACAAAACCAUUUUGGACCAAGGAACUCCAAGAUCCGUCAAUGCAGUCACUCGUUUUUGCUACAACUGUGGGCAACAAUUUUCGCUCGGACAUCUAAAUGUGUGCAAAGCCAAAGACGUAGUAUGCAGAGGCUGUGACAAAAGGGGCCAUUUUGUUAAAAUGUGUCGUGGUAAAAAAAGCCAGCAAGCAUCACAAUUCCCGGAUAAGAAGACAUCAAGCAGCGGACAGCAGACAUCAAGCAGCGGACAGAAGAUAAACCCAGGAUCGUACAACAAACAACAUGGACAGGUGCACUCAGUGGGAGAUUAUUAUAACUGGAACGAACAAGAAUAAAUACGAAUAAUAACGGACUAGUAAGAAGCAAGUGGAC